AUGUUUGAAACUGGCUACGAACAAUACCUGCCCAUUGAAAGAGUUAUAAUGCAUCCACAAUAUAGAGGUUGGACGGCAGACCUUGCUUUAGUAUUUACAUUUGCUGGCAUGAUGUCUGAUAAACCUGGUCGGGUUGUACGGCUUGCUAAUGAAAAAACAAAUACAGAUUCUGAAGUCACCGUGUUUAGUUGGGGACAAUGUAAGGAUGAAAAUACUUUGGGGACGAAUCGCCCUGAAACUGAAACUAAAACUGAAACGCCUUAUGAAGCAUAUCUGUCUGAUGAUGAGAAACUGGAUGACAUAAACAAUCAGAAAGAAAGUGAAAAACAACAUAAAACAACUUCAGCUUUUGAAGAUGAAGAAGAUAUGGAUACAAAAACUACGCGAGAUGAAACAAUACAUUUUCAGGAUCAAAACGAUGGAUAUCAACAUCAUAAGAAAAAAAGAAAUGGUUACAUCAAACAACGAAAACCACGAAAGAAACAAGUACAAAUAACAGUAGCGCGAGCAUUUGUAACAAGAACAUUAAAAAGAACUAUUUCGUCUAUUGAAGAGAAUAGUAAUCGACAUCGCAAGCCAACCUAUGAAAAUGUACCAGAUUUUGAGAGCAAGGAAUAUCAAAUUAGCAGGGAAAAGCGGGCUAAAUAUCGGAAAAAAUUGCGUAAAAAAUCAGCCGUUGCCGAUAAAAGAAUGAAUCGUCGUCGGGCUUAUAGGAUGAAGACGCAUUACAUGGAUAAUUGGCGUAGAAAAAUAGGUGAUCAAAAAAACAAAUUAACGGUUGAUGUAUUUUCAUUUGUAAACACGCAGUCGUGUAAAAAACUAAUAGAAAAAGCGAUGCCGUCUUUGUAUAAAAUAAAAAAUCCAAACGAAGUUCUCUGUUAUUCAAGUGAAGACCAUUAUAUAACCCAGGAAGAUUCAGGAGCUCCAGCAAUGCGACAAGGCCGACUAGUCGCAGUGACGGUGGGAGGAAUAGACUAUGAGGGAGAGCGGGUAGCAGUUGGCAUGAAGAUAAUAUGCUUUUGUUCGUGGAUAGCUGAAAAUCUACCUAAGAGUGGUAAUCGAAUUAAAUGCUGUAAGAAUUGCUGUGAAAUAAGAGAUAAUGGAAAUCAAGGGGCUACAACUCUCAAUCAAAAUAUACAUAGGAAGAAACAUCGCAAUAAAUACAUUUCUAUUUAA